GUUACAAAAAAACUGAAAUUGUUUGGAACAAACGUCAAAGAAAACCCCUCUUUUUUUGCAUAAUAGGAGCUGCUACCUUGUUUAUCUUGCUCAACAGUAUGAGUAAUGAUAGUUGAAUGUGCCACUGGUCAAUGGAGUGUUGAAACAAGCUCAAUUUUAUGUUGAAGUUUGAAAUUUUUUUGAAGCAGUCUGAAGCCCAACAACAUGGCCAUGAUUGAAACUGUUCGUCAAAGACAAAGAAACGCCACAGAUUUUGGCUUCUUUUAUGAGAAUCUUUGCGCUUUACAGAACUCGUGUCCUCUGGGGACGGUUACAGCUAACCUUGAUGAGCAGACUAUCGACUGUAAUGCUGAUAGAAUAAGGCUGAAUGACUGGACACCUAUUUGGAAUGCUUUGAGGAUCAAUAAAAGUAUCAAAUGUAUUGCAUUUAGAAGUUACUGGCAGCAAACUUUAUUCCCUGAUAAUGAUUUUUCAGAGCAAAGGAUGAAUGCAUUAAAAAAGAAAGCACCUCCCAUCAGAAGCAAAGACACUACCCAUAAAUUAUGCAGAACUCUAAAGGAAUGCCUGUCUGUUACUGAAAGCCUGAGUCAUAUAACACUUCAAGGAAUUCCAUUGAGAGAACGUGAUUUGUCCUGCUUAGCAAAGGGUAUUGCAAAGAAUCAUUCACUCCAGUAUCUGUCCUUGGAAUAUUGUCAAAUUGGUGACAAAGGAUUAGAAUUGUUGUCUAACGCUAUAAAGGGAUCACGUUCUAUCACAUCUGUCAAUUUCACUGGCUGUAGUUUGUCAUGGAGAGGAGCAGAAACAAUAGCUAAGAUCAUAAAGUUUCAAGCUACUCGCUGUCAUGGUGUAGCAUGGCAAGACAGUCUUCGAUAUCGCCGACCUGACCUGGACAGAAUGUCCGGGCUUAGAAGAAUCACUGUAUGUAAGAAUCCUAUGAUUGGUGAUAAAGGUGUAGAGUUUAUAACCGAGGCACUGAAGGAUGAUUUGUGGGUUAAAGCCCUGGAUCUACAGCAGUGUGGAAUAUCAACAGUGGGGGCUUUAGCUUUUCAAUCUGUUCUAAAAUUCAACACAACACUAACAGUGCUGGACCUCAGGUUAAAUCCAUUAAUAGAUCGAGAUUUAAUGUCAUUCUUAAUGGAACAAAUUAUGAUCAAUUUUAAUGAUCAAGAAACUGAAUUUCCAUGGAUAGUAAUAGAGGAGCCCAAACCUGGUAGAAUAAGACCAUUGAAGAAAGGAACCAGACCUCGUACACUAUCUACUGCAUAUGGACGAAAAACAACUAGGAAUGGUUCACAAGGAAGCAGGACCAGGAGUGCAUCUUCAGGCCGAUCACCUGUUGUGAGAGCACCCACUAAGAAGCCUGGUAAGGGGUUUGUGCCAUGGAGAACAGCUGCAAGAGUAGGAAAAAACAGACACAAAUUAGACCGAAAAACAGAAGAAACACAGCCAUACAAAGUUUUGUCUAAAAAGAAAAGACAGAUGCCAGAGUUUGAGGAGCCCAAAGCAGUGAGUUCACCCAUAAAUAGUGAUGAAGAAGAUGUGACACCAAGACACAGGCACUAUGACUCAGAUGACACGAGAACUAUAAAUGAAGAUCCAAAAGAGCUGAAGAUUGAGAUAGAGUUCCUUUGCCGUCGAUUGAAUGAAGAAAGCACAGCAAGGGCUUCUGCAGACACAAGAAUAUUAGAGUUACAAGUAGAAAACAGAAGACUUCAACAAGAGUUAAGGCUUUACAAGGCAAAGCAGCGAUCCUCUGAUGAAAAGCCAUCUUCUCGACCGCUUGAUGAGGCACCCAGAACAAAUGGCAGAGAAAACGGCAAGACACUGCUGGAAGACGAUCGCUUUCUUGAGAGUAUCGAAGCAUCAUUUAAACAGUUUUACAUGUUCCUUGAUCUCCUCAAAGGAAAAGGAUAUGGUGAUCUUAUUCGUGCUUUACAAGAGAAUGGAUUUCCAGUCACACCGCCGUCAAUCAUCUCACCCAAAGAAUCUUAACCGGUACCACUUGGCUAUCUCCAUAGCAACUGUCUAUAUUUAUAUUGAUAAUCUAUACUAUCGAAGAUUUAUUAUUAUAAUUUGUUUAAAUUUACGUUUUCCGAUUUCGGGACAAGGACUGGUAACGAACUAGUGCCGCGUGGAAUCAUGGGGCCAGAUGUAGCCGCCAUCUUGUUAUACCAAAUUCAAACCCACAGUUCUAUGCGAAAUGACUAUCGUAUGAAUGACAUUUCAAGCUUCCGUAUUAGCGAUUCUGAUGUUGAGGGGAAAACAAUGUCGAAUUGGAAUUGCAGUGCAUUGUGGGACUGUUUAAGGGGACAUAUUUCCAAGAUGGCGUCUAUAUUUCGUCCCACAGUACAGUUCCAAGAUGCGCUUCAAUGCCAACUCGAACCGGUUUUUUUCCCUUUAUUUCGCAAAGAAUCAGAAUCAUUAGAUGCACAGUAUAAAGAAACGACGAAGACCGUAGAUAUGUAUAUUCGUUGAGAAAGUUUAAGGCCGGCAAUAAGGAGCGAUAUCUGUGGAAGUUAAACCUCGAUAUUAAAAACAUGUUUUCAGUUCGA